AUUUCUCUAUGACCCCCACUUCUUAGUUGCUUCCGCGUCAGGCGGAAAUGGGCGUGGCGCGCAGGCGCAGUAACGAGAACAGCGUUCGCCGCCGACUGACAGGAGCCGGUUUUCGGGCUCUCCCGCGACGAUGUCCCGCAAGCAAGCGGCAAAGGCCCGGCCGGGGAAGGCGGAGACGGAACGGAAACGGGACGAGCGAGCGGCUCGGAGGGCGCUGGCGCGCGAAAGGCGGAACCGACCCCCCCAGGCCGAGGGCGAGGGAGGCCUGGCCGGGCAGCUGCAGGCGCUCGGGCUGCGCCUCAGGGAGGUGCCGGGCGACGGGUGAGCCAUGCCCCGCCCUCUCAGCUUUGAAACUCCGCCCACCGCAACGGCUCCUGCUCGCGAGAGGGAGAUCUUAGCUACACCCGCCUACAACCCUCCACGCCCCGCCCACAGCCGCCCUCUGCGCGCGAGGGUUCCAAGCCACGGCCUUUGCAGCUGAGGCGCCAGUGGUUGCUUUGUUCCGUCCCUCAACUUUGACGUCUAGAAGCAAACUCCGCCCACUCUCAGUGGCUCCGCCCCUACGGCCCAGCAAACGUUCUGAGCCAAGACCCCGUUCCAUUCCCAAUAUCUUUCUUUAGCAUUGCCAGCUUAUUUUCUGGCGUUUUUAAAAGGCCCCUGUGUUUUUAUCAAGCUCAAGACAGUCAGGAGUCUGGCAUGUAAAGCUUUCCUUCUCUCCAUGGUAGGAAGUUGUGGGGAAAAAGCUGCUGUUGAAUUUCCUUGUUUUCUUUAGAUUCAUUAAAGGAGCAAGUUGGAAAAGGAAGCAGAAUUAUACUCCCUGCUCCUUCCCCAAGGACUGCCAUCUUUAUCCAUUUCUCCCUUAUUUAUUUAUUUAUGCAACGAAUCUUUCUCCUGCUUUUUAGACAAAAAAGGUUCUCAAGAAUAGCUUACAGAAUGCUCUAAAAAGUCUAAAACGGAAAAACAGACUUUCCCUGUUCUCAGGCUGGCAGUCUGAAAAGGUGCAGCCAGAGCUUUUUUUCUGUGGGGAUGCAGGGGGAUACAUACCCCUAAACAUUUUGUGAAUCUUUGUACUUUUGUCCAUUUCCUGUAUUUCCCCCGGUUUGAAUAGAAAAUGUUGACUUUCUUGAGUCAAAAUGAGAGCACAGUACAGUACUCCUAAACAUUUUUAAAGAAAAAAGCACUGGGUGCAGCACAAAAGGAAAAUGGAUUGGGAUAGAGGAGGAAAUAAGCAAACCCAGGUAUCAGUUCUUAAGUUUAUAAGUUAUUUUUGGGAUCCUUAAAAAAAAGCAGUAUGAUUAUAAACACAAAAAGGAAAUGUGAGGAUCAGGGACAUAGGCUUGGCUAGACAGACAUCCAAAUUGUAUUGUACUGGAGGGAAAACCUUGUAUAGUGUAUAGUGUGAUUUGACAAAAGAGCUUAGUAAGACCAUGGCACCUGCUUUGCAUGCAGAAAGUCCCAGGAUCAAUACUGGCAUCUUCAGGUAGAGCUGAGGGAGGCCCCUGUUGAAAAUUCUGGAGACCUGGGGCUGCCUGUGAGUGUAAAGCUAGAUGCACCAGUGGCAUAAUUCAGAGUAAGGCAGCUUCUUAUGGACCUCUGUUGAUUCAGUCCUGAAUUGUUAAUAAACCAAGGACCAUGAUUUUACUCCACCACCCCUUGACAAAUCUCCUUCAGACAAACUCAAUUGGGCAUAAUGUCUUCCCACAGGAACUGCUUGUUCCGGGCUCUUGGGGACCAGCUUGAAGGUCACUCCCGAGACCACCUCAAACACCGCCAGGAAACUGUGGACUACAUGAUAAAGCAACGGGAGGACUUUGAGCCUUUUGUGGAGGAUGAUGUUCCUUUUGAGAAACACGGUGGGUGCCCUUUGUUAGAGGCGGAAGUUGUGCCUACUGCUGCUUUUGAGUGCUGUUUGUCCAAAAUACAGGCUGCUAGGCUGCUAAGUGGGAUCAGCCAGCGGGAAUAUGUAUUGCCAGAGCCGUCUUUCCUAUUGGGCUUACUGGCGCGUUGGGCCAGGUCUCUGGCCUCUCGGGCGCCCCAGCGAGUGGAGGAGCUGCGCAGGUUUGCCGGCGGCCUCUCCUUUCCCUGCACGCCCGCCAGCUGUGCCCCAUCAACUAUAUGACUGGCGGGCAUGCAGCUUGCCUCCCAAGCCUCCCUCCGCGGGAGGAGAGCGAUCCCUGCAGAGGCUUCGGAUGGAAACUGCGCCCUGCCAACUAUAUGACUAGCGGGCUGCAGCUUCCUUCCCAAGCCUCCGUGGGAGGAGAGUGAUCCCUGCAGAGGCUAGGAAAAGGUCGACAAGUCAACAACUCUGGGAAACGGGGUGCCGGAGGUAUCUUUGCACCACGGCGCCAGAUAUGCUUAAGACGGCCCUGUGUAUUGCACUGGUUCUAAGCUCUGUUCAAAGUGCUGGUGCUUAUAUUUAAAGCUUUCCAUUGCAGGGGUGGCUAACCUGUGACCCUCAGAGGGUGCUGGACUGCAAUUCCUGGCAUCCCUGACUCUUGCUUGGGCCUGAUGGGAGUUAGCCACUCCUGCUUUAUGGCUUGGCAUCAGGGUCUGUAUGUCGAGGUCUCAUUCAAAACCUAGAAAGGUUGCCUAGGACAUGUCUGUUUUUAUUUUCCCAGGCAUCUAGGUUAACAUAUAUUCUCCUGUUGUGCUCUUAUGUUUGUCUCGCCCUGCUGUGCUACUACUGUUGUUGCUGUUGAACUGUUUAAAAUGCUUGUCUAACUCCGCCUUCCUCACCUUGCCACUUUCCAGAUAUUUGGAUUAUAAUUUCCAUAGUUGCUGUCUGGGGCCUCUGGGAAUCUUCCAAAACAUCUGGAAGAUGGCAAGUUAAGGAAGCCUGUUUGAAUUGUGGGACGUAUGUACAAUACUAGGGCUGUAAUAAUUCCAGGGAUCUCAAAGGCAGAAUUGAUGAAAGGGGGUAAUUUCCAAAAGGCGGUGGUUUGUCCUGGCAAGUGAAUCGAAAAAUGUUGGUUUUUUGGUGUUUUUGUAAGAAAUGGCUCAACAACUUUGGGGUUUGUCUAAAAAAAGCUAGAAGCUCAAUAUCUCUUGGCGUUUUUACUUUUUGAAAUAUGGCAACCCUAUACAAUACAUACCAACACUUGGAGGCCUUUGGAAGAAAAAAUGUGUGUACUCCAAUGCAUUGCAUCAGAAUAAGUCUCAGCCUACAUUCACAUUGUAUCAUUAUAGGAGAACCAUUAAUAUUUCCAUACGUAGUCAUAAACUGUUUCAGAGUCCCAUAUUUGCUUUAAAUUGGGAGUGAAUGUUGUCAGUGACACAGGUUUAUAGAUAAAACAUCUCCAUGUACUCCAUCAAGAGCUGAAUGGGAUCCUGCAGGUCUUGGUUGCCUGGCAUUACUCCAAGUGAAUGUCCCUUUGGCAACUUCACUUGUUCUUGUCAAAGGGUCUUUUGUUCUGUGCUGUUGCCAUUGCCUUAUCUGUGUAGCAUCUUUCUUUUAUUUGCUUUUUGUCCUCUUUCAAUGUACAUUUCAUUUCUUCUGCUCCUCUCUUCUUAUCUUUUCCAGUUGCCAAUUUGGCACAGCCUGGAACUUUUGCUGGCAACGAUGCCAUUGUAGCCUUUGCAAAGAACAAUCAAGUCAAUGUUGUCAUUCACCAGCUCAAUGCCCCUUUGUGGCAGGUAAGCCUCAAAACACUCCAUUUGUCAUAAUGUGCCAUUACUCCGGUUAAUGCAUAAUUUUCCUCCUGUUGCAAUACGGCUUACAAUUUUCCAAAUUUGGAGAAGGGGGACCAGCCCCUUUCUUAUGCAAAACAGGCAUCUAGAUUAUAUUAUUUCAGUGCACCCCACAUAGGCCUGUCUAUGACAACUUGUUUGGAAUUGCGGCUGGUACAAAAUGUUACAAAUAUUACAUUGGAAUAAUGUCACCAUUCAUAUUUCCCUUGGUCUUGAAAUCCUCUGCCAUACUUAUAAGCUGGGCUUCAGUCUCUCCAAAUUUGGGCUUUCCUUUUAUUGGUAUUUCUGACACAGCUGACCCAUGAAACGCAUCCUUGCUAAGGAUCUAGGUGCUGGAUGGGGGAACUGGCAGAAGGGAGUUCUUCUUGGUAGAGUUAUGAGAGGCUUGCGGGCCUCCCCUUCACUGAGCUAGAUAGAUGGAAACUGUAGAACCAAUAAAUCACAUGAAUCCACACUGGAAAUGGCAAGCACUUACCUCAGUAAAGGCAUUGCUUCUUUUUGAGGAAGUUGAUUGCUCUUGAAAGCAUCCAGAUUUAAAGCCCCUCUUGCACCAAUCUCUCAUCAUUCAUCUGCCCCCACUCUUCUUUCUCAGAUUCGUGGAACAGACAAAAGCAACGCUCGAGAGCUGCACAUUGCAUAUCGAUAUGGAGAGCACUAUGACAGCGUCCGGAAGAUUAACGACAACUCUGAGGCUCCUGCCCGGCUACAGACAGAGGUUGGUUCUGGGCCCUGCUAGGUACUCUCUGGAGAUGUUCCUGGCAUGGGGCUUUCUCUUUUUGCUGAGCAGUGGAUGCUUAGCUUGGCAAUACAGUGAUGCUGUAAAAGCAAAGUAAUGCAUUUUAACAGAUUUCAUACCCUGUUAAAACAGAUGUUGUGGAAUGAAUUAAGCAGUGGGUGGGAGCCUGCUUGGAUUUAAUUAUCCAAGCUGGGUAAGAUAAGGGUUUAGGAGGGAUGCCUAGCUCAGCUGUAGAGCACUUGCUUGGCAUGCAGAAGAAGCAGGUGUAGUUCCUGGCAACUCCAGCUAAUAAACGAUCUCUGAUAGCAGGUACCAGAUACUCUGACCCACUGUCAAAGGUGAAUUGACACUCUCCCUGAAGCGUGUGGCUGCUCAGUUUCACGCAGUGCUGCAACCAUCUUCUGAUCAUUUAGCCCGUUUCCUGGUGAUUUUUCCUUCCAGAAACUGCUGGGCAGGUGGGAAUAAUUCUGGCUUGCAACUGAAAUUGUUGAAGACACACAUUCACUGACACUCACUUUCUCUUUCUCUUUUACUAACAUACACUUCCAUGUGCAGAAGCCUCUGGGGAGUCCUUGAGCAGCUGUGCAUGGCUCUUUCCCACCUGGGUGGUCUCCUGUCUGCCUGCUGAGGGACCGAUUACAUCAGAAAGGCACUGGGUUUAUUUAUUUGUGUAUAUUUUUGUAAACCAUUUUGGUUUACAAAAUGUAAGCCAAUUCUGGGUUACAAAAUUUUUGUAAACCAUUUUGUUUUAUUUGUGUAUUUUUGUAAACCAUUUUGUAAGCCAUAUUUUCCAAACCAUUUUGUUUGAAUAGUGGCCUAUAAAUAUUUUCAGUGGAAUAAAUGGCAGGCCUUGCUCACACGAUACACCCGUACCCCCCCCCCAUGACAUAGGAUGACAUAUUGCAAUGCCUUCCUGUCAUUCCAGAUGUUGUGCAGAAAUGAAUGUAAUAAAAAAGAGAAGGAGGAAGCAGAAUCAGAAGAGGAAGUCCAAGACGAAAUUGAGGAUGCUGUCCAGAAAGUGCGGAAUGCAACCGGCUGCCUGGUGAGCCUGUGCCAUUCCUUUGCUUGGGGAAAUGCUGGUGGAGGUGCCUCUCGGGCAGUGAGUGGUGGGAAGCCCAAGGCCCCCCAGAUGGUGAUGAUAAUGGAAUUGAGAUCCCAUCAGUUCCAGUAGUCCCAUCAGUAGUCAGGGAUGAUUAAAGCUGUCCCUUGACAGUGUCUGGAGGUCCACAGUUUUCCUUCUCUUGCUGUAAGAUGGGUGGAACCUCAGCCCCAGGAGCUAAAUGUGCCCCUAGUUGGCACUAGGCUAAGCCCCCUCUCCCCUAGCUGCAGCCCUCAUCUGCCAUUCGUCGUUCCCUCCUUAAGUGUUUCUUCCUGCUAGAAUAUGUUAUUGAACUCUGAGAACGCAUCUUGGUUGCCUGGGUGGAUAAUACAGAGGGUUAUGUGCGUAAACAAGCCUGCUGUACAACGGUAAAAUUCACUGUCUAUCUGGCACAUGUUGUUUGCUUUUCAGGAUUCUGAUUUAAUCAUCCGGAUCCUUGAAACGGAGGACUACAAUAUCGAGUCUGCAAUAUUUGUUGUGUGUCAGAUAAAUGAAGUGAAAAGGCUCCGUGAGUAAUGGGUUGCUCUUGCCACACAAUUACCAAUUACAGUAAAGCAGCCGGUUUGAAAUAAAGGAGGGAAGCAACAUGGAAGCGGACCACGCCCCCCCUCUCCCCAAAUCCCUGCAUUGCAGGGGUUUGGAUUUGAUGGCCCUUGGCGCCCUUUCCAACUUUACAAUUCUAUGAUUCUAAGAGCCUUCCAGAGGCUGCAGUUAAGUGUUCCUGGCCCACAGUCUUCCAUUGUGUUCACAGCAUCUUCCUGAUAGGUUAACUAAGGGAGAAUUAUGAGGCAGGUGCAUGAAUCUCACCUGUCAAACAUGCCCUGCCACUUCAGAGAUGGAAUAGAUAUGGAGGGAUAAGGACCUAAAAAGAGCCUGGGUGCUGGAUCAGGCCAAAGGGAGUCCAUCUAGUCCGGGGGUGGACUUCAAUCUUUCAAAUUUCAGUGGUGCCAUGUGUUGAGGCCAAAAUUUCAUGCCUCCUGCCUCUCAUCUUCCUUUCUGUUCAAUUCACUACAUCAUAGUUGCGACACCCUGCAGCGCCCCCUAGGCUUGAUCCCCCAGUGUAGCAGUACUGGUCACACUGUUCUUAUUCCACCUCUGUCUAGUCCACCAUCCUGUUCUCACAGGGGCCAACCAGAUGACUGUGGGAAACUGGCAAGCUGGAGCACUCUCCCCUCUUGUGGUUUCCAGCAAUGGCUGCUAUUCAGAGACAUGCUGCCUCUGAUAGUGGAGGGAGAACGUAGCCAUGCUGGCUAGUAGCUACUGAUAGUCCUACUUGUCUAGAGCUGCCCAAGCUGGUGUCUGCCACAACCUCCUCUGGCAGCUGGGGAUGGCGGGGUGUACUUAGCUCUCCCACCUCCUUGCUACUUCCCAUUUACAGAUACCCUGUUCCAGGCAGCUACAAGACCAGGAAAUAAACCCAUGGGGGGGAACCACUUGCAGGAAGGAAUGGAUGGAUGGGAGACAGGCUGGCUUAAGCCUUCUGUUUGCUGGUUCUCCCUUGCUACCCUUUCCUCCCCUCUGCCACUCCACAAUAAUGGCCCAUUCCACUGCAUCUUCUAGAAUCAGUAUUGUGGAAUGGGGAGGGACCCCAAGGGCAAUCUAGUCUACCCCCUUGGCCCAGGAUGGGUCUCUGACAAAUCACUGUCUCUCUCCUAGAUGCUGAGAAAGCCCAGGAAGCCCAGGAGACAAACCGACCAAAACUGCAUCCCAGGCCAGCCCUGUGGGAAGAGAAUGGAAGUGGCACUAGGAUUUUUGGGAGCCAGGAAAUAGAAAACAACAAGCCCCAAAUGAGCUCGCUGGAAGGAAACCAAGCCAGUAAAAAACAGGCACCAAAGGUAUCUUGAAGGGGAGGGGAAGGGGGGAGUUUUGUGGGAGCCCUGGGGUUCCCCCCCCCCCCGCCUUGCAGUGAUACUUUUAAUGGGGGAUUCCACAGAGGAAUCUGCCUGGAUGAUGUCAGAGUCACGUCCCAGGCAGAAAUUCUGAGAUCUGCUCUCUCCCGACUUGUCCUUCCAGCAUUGCCAUCCAUCUCCUUGUCCAGACACUCCACUCAGGCUUGUGGUGGUAUCACUUAAAAAGAAAUCCCUUCAAUGCAUGUGCUUCAUCCAAAACAGCCUUGCCCGACCUUGUGUCCUCCAGGUUCAUGACUCCAUCAGCCCCAGAGCUGGUGGGAAUUCUACUCAAAACUGCCUGCAGGGCAUUAGGUUGGGGAAGGGUGAUCUUUAAAACUGCAGUCUUGCCAAAUCAGUCAUUCCCUUAAUUCCUACUGUCACAUACCCUAGACACACUGAUCUGAUCUGAUUUGUAGUCCAUAUUUGUGAAUCCAGAUAAGAUCUGGUCUGGACCUGUUCAUAGCAUUGUAACUUUCCUCCAGCUCCCAACCCUGGUGUCCUUCUUACAUGGCUUUAUAAUUAAUAACUGCAGCAGUUUGGAAACUGUCUGGCUUUCUGAGUGCUGUGUUGAGCUACCAAUCAGCACAAAUUGCCGUGAAUUGAUCUGGGACAGCCUAAUUUGCUCUGCAGCGAUUUGUUGCUUCUUCCAUCCAAUCUGAACAGGGGAAAAAUUGGCCUGAUUCAGUUCUGAAUUUGGCCAAAGCUAUUGCACAGCCCUAAGUCCCACAGAAUGAUUGAAGCAGCUCCUGUCAUUUUGUUAUUUGCUUGUUGUGCUGCCACUGUCUCCUCCUGCUCAUCCAGGACAAUGGCAAAGUCCAUCCCUUUCUUGGUGUCCCCUUUGUUUAGGCCUUGGUCCCUGCCUUCUUCUGACACUUGCACCCCCAGACUCUGCUACCCAGGGGAUCCCUCUAGAUCACAAUCCUCCUCCUCCUCCUCCUUCAGUGCUUUGCUAAUUCUCCCCUCCGGCAGGUGUCCAACAGGCAGGAGAAGAAGCAACAGCGACUGGAGAAAAAGCGAAGGCAGGAAGACAGACACCGGCAGAAAGUCCUAGGAAGCAAGAGCAACCUCUCAGACAAUAAUAAGAAUGCCAUGGAGUCUGAGUCGCAGGUCACCCUGGUGAAGACCAUUGCGGCUCUCAACAUCUGACUUAAUGGUGUUUCCCCAUUUCUGAUGUGCGUGGGAAAGUGAAACUCUGGCCGCUGAACUUUGCACCCCAAAAGUACCCUCUUCAGAGCAAACACUUCGCCCCUGUCUGUCUUUGUGAACAGGGGUGGCUGCUAUGCUGUUUAACUGACAGUUAAACAAUUCUUCAGUUGUGCACAAGAACACUGGUGUGGGAUGGCUGAGCAGUUCCUGUGCUGGAGCCUGGACAACAGAGGCCUUAGGGGUGGAAUCCCCAAUCAUGGAUCCUCUCACUGCAGAGCUCAUGGAAUUUGCUCCCGAAUCUUCCAUGGCCACUUCCCAAUUUGUCUUAUUUUCAGUGACCCUCGCCUGCAGGAGGGUUAAAGGGUUUCUUUGCUCAGGAACACACCUUCUUUUUGGCAAAGUCAGCAGGGAAAAAAGAAAACUGCUUCUGACUUACAUCCCAAAGUGAAAACUUAUCUACCAAAGUUGGUACUGAGCCUGUUAGAUUGUUGCUUUCUCCUCCCAAUCCUACUCCCCAUGGCAAUAUUGUUAAAUUCUAGACAAUGAUCAAUCGUGCACUUUAGCCUACGGAAAUGAUGGUGGCUUGUGUCUGGGUGUGUGUGUGGUGGGUUGUGGGUUGUGUGCAUAGUAGCAAAUUCUAUACAGACAGGCUGAUAGUGUAGAGAAACUUUUCCUAUCUGCGGCAGGGUUUGUUUGAUCAAUUACUCACUUGCACCCCUAGCAGGAAUAGGCCACAAUUGUGUCACACCACUGGUUGGGCAGCUGUCCACCAUUACAGACUUGUAGGGGAAGGGCCAGAUCUCAUCUUGUGCCUGCCCUUGUGGGAUUCUUAGUCCUGCCCCACUUAUGCAGGGAGAUGGGCUCCUCCUGUGGGGGUGGGCAAAUCAGAGUAUGAAGUGGUUGAGCAGCGCUACCCAAGUUGGAUUUCAACUGUGGCCACUUCACCAACAAUGGGGAGGAAAUGGACAAGCCCCAUCCUUGCCAGCUUACUAGUAUGUGAUGCAAACAAGGCUGAACCAAAGUGUACUUUCAUCUUGAACAUUGGCAGUUUUGUUUCCUUGUGAAUGUCAUGGCCUUCAUCCAAAGACACUUGGUACUCAAAGAAUUACUUCUUCAUCAUGUUAAAAUUUAUAGACCCAAGAAAUUAUACUGGCAAACUUCCAAGGGACACUUGUUCCUUAAUUUUGUUCGCUAAAAAAACCCCUAUUUUCCUCCCUAAAGAGUUCUAUUAUAGUUGGGUUUUUUAAAAGGCUAAUUCAGCAGAUAUUGCAGGGAAGGGGAAGCUACCCCCCGCCCGCAAUCCCACCAGCUGCUUUUGGAUUCCAAUCCUUGUCAUCUCUGGCCAGUUCCUAGGCUGACUGGAGUGGAACAGGGUUUGUGUGAUUUCAAUAUAUAUAUUCUGCAGUUGCCAUAAAGAGUGGGUUUAGUGUGCCUAAAUGGGUUGAUUAGGAAAGCGAAAUUUGGAUGGAAGCAACUUUUUUAUCCUAGUGCUGCGACAGUUGGAAAAUGUAGCACUUGCCUGAUGGCGGUUUGGAAACAGGGUUCUGGUGCUUCUGAUACUUAUAAGCCAAAGGGUGGAUUUAGCCAACGCAUACUAAAAAAUGCCAUGCAACUAAAAAAGGGCAGAGGGAAAGCUUAGGACCACCGGGAGUGGCAUGAUGCAAGCUGCUAGUGCAGCCUUGGCCACUUGGGAGCUGUUAGUUCAAUACACCUGGAGGGCAGCAAUUUGGCCAAGACUGCUGUAAUGGUUGCCCCUGCCCUUAGAACGGAAGCUGAUGCCAGAGCUGUCAAUCAUGCCUCUCACCAGGCUAGGCUGACAGACAGUUUGGUGAAGGUUCUCCUUAAAGUUAGUUCUAUGGUGCCAACAAUCUGGACAGCUGUUCAGCAACCCCAAGAACUUUUCCUCUCGGUGACAUCAAGUAAUGACAGUCCUCUUCGUUCUGGAAAAGAGAGCCAUAGCAGAGAUCCAGGUUUGAGGUUGUAAAUAUGUUUGGUGGAUAAUGGAGGGGAUAAAAGUUCUGCAUCUUUGUGGUUAUCAAAAUAAAGUUGGCCUUGUUGGGGCUAUCAACCAGUUAAAACAGC